GUCGUGUGCGUGCGAGGCGGUUGGGCCGGCGAAGGCUCGGGGUGGGCGGGGCCUGCUCCGGGCGGGGCGGCCAUGGCGCUCCCCCGGCUGCACCGUGCCGAGCUCGUGCUCCUGGCCGCUGCCUUCCUGGCCGGGGCAGUGGUGGCCGCGGCAGUCGUCCGGACGCAGGGCUCCUUCAAUGGCCAGUGCCCUGUCUAUGGCGCCGCCCUCUGGAAUGACUCUGCCUUCUCCUUGUCCAGCUCUUCUGCCCCAUCCCUCUGCUACUUUGUAUCAGGGGUCUCAGGUCUCCUGGCCCUCUAUGGCCUCUUAAUGUUGUUCUACUGGACGUACAGCAGCUGCCUUGAAGAUUCUCACAGAAGCCCUCUUGGCCUGCGUAUCUCAAUGGGCUUGUCAGCUGUGGCCAUCUUCCUGGUCCUGGUAUCAUCCUGUAUCCUACGAUUUGGCACCAAGACCCUCUGUGCCUCCAUCAUGCGCUUUAAGAUUGUGAACUGCUGCUCAGACGCCCAGAAACUUCGCUGGAUGCCUCCCGGACCUGGCCUACACUUCUAUUCUACCCUGUACAACGCAGAAGCUUCCUCCUGGGUGAGCCUGGUGUUGUGGUGCCUGCUUCUGGCAUUACAGCUGCUGCAGUGGAAGUGGGAAGCCCCCCCAUACCGGCCCCUGGAGCGAGGGGACCCUGAGUGGAGCUCGGAAACAGAUGCCCUCUUCGGGGGCCGCCCAUCCCGUCCCUGAAGAGAAGCUGGAAUUCGCAACCUCCUGACCAAAGACUGAAUGCCCAAGUGCCUGUGACUGGCGGCCCUGUUCUGCAGCUGCGGGGGCUCCCCCAGUGCUUCCUAGGAGGGGGAGAAAUGCCAACAGCUCCCUCCCAUCCCCCUUCCUGCUGCUGCUGUUUCUGUAGCCGGACAUUGCGGCCUUCCACCUUACAAGUGACCUUUCCUGAUGAAUGAAAACACAAAGGGAUCUCCA